ACAAAGUUCAAAGGGUUUAAUAGUGGCAAAGAUCUGUACUAUACUGUAGCUGUAUCGGGAGCAAAGUGACUACUAUAUAUAGAGUUGGUUGUGUUACGGUCGAUAUUCCAGGUUUAUUUUGUAGCUGUCGUAGUUUUAACAUUACAGCAAUGAGUGCAGGACCAUAUAACUACUCCUACAUCUUCAAGUACAUCAUAAUCGGUGACAUGGGAGUGGGAAAGUCAUGCCUACUGCACCAGUUUACCGAGAAGAAGUUCAUGGCAGACUGUCCCCACACUAUUGGAGUUGAGUUUGGGACUAGAAUAGUGGAGGUGUCAGGUCAGAAGAUAAAACUUCAAAUAUGGGACACUGCAGGACAGGAGAGAUUCAGGGCGGUGACACGGAGCUACUACAGAGGGGCUGCUGGUGCUUUGAUGGUUUAUGACAUCACCAGAAGGAGUACGUACAACCAUCUCAGUAGCUGGCUAACUGAUGCUCGAAAUCUCACAAACCCAAAUACUGUUAUCUUUCUAAUUGGAAACAAGUCAGAUUUAGAAGGACAAAGAGAUGUUACGUAUGAAGAAGCAAAGCAAUUUGCAGAUGAAAAUGGUUUAUUGUUCAUGGAAGCCAGUGCUAAAACAGGUGACAACGUGGAAGAUGUGUUCAUAGAGACUGCGAAGAAAAUCUAUCAGAACAUUCAGGAUGGAAAUGUUGACCUAAAUGCAGCUGAUACUGGAGUGCAAUUAAAGACACAGAUUGCAUCCCCGGAUAGGAAACCUUCCAAAGAUACCAAGCAAGGAGAUAGUUGUUCGUGCUAGUAUUGUAGUUGUUGGUAAUGUGUAUAUAAGUACUUUAGUAUAGUCUUUUUUGUUUGCUUAUAUAGCUCUUGCCUGUUUUAUAGCAUAAGAACUGCAUUUCUAUGUGUGUUUGCAGCAUUUUAAAUAUAGUUCGACUGAUUAUCAUAGAUACUAUGAA